AUAAGAGCACUGUACACCACAGCACUGCAUUGUGAUAAGUGCUGAGACUGGACGAAAUCUUUGCUGCGUACAAACAGGUGCACAGUGUUAUAAAACAGAAAAUGGAGAACUAAAUAAAGACAAGUUGGACAAGUGAGGGGGACUCUGUAGACAAAUCAAGAAGUAACAUUAGCUAUGGAAGGGAUCACACAUCUAAUUCUGCUCAUUUCAGGGCUGUGUAUUCUGCCCGUAUGCGUCGCCCAGAACCCAUACUCCUUAGUCACUACGCCUAAAACCUGGUAUGAGGCACAGAGCUACUGCAGAGAGAAAUGUCGUGACCUGGCCACCAUAGAUGACAUGAGAGAGAUGAAAACAGUACUUGAAACUGUAGAGGGCAAAUACGAUGAUGCUGUAUGGAUAGGGCUUCACAAAGCGGAGACCAGGACGUGGCACUGGUCUCUGGCGGACAAAGAUUUCUACAAGGAGGGAGAAAGAGACUAUCUCCUCUGGGACGAAGAAACAGGUUUUCACUGUGGGGCUCAGCAAAAGGGGAAGCUGGAUACAGCUUCCUGUCACAUCAAAUAUUAUUCAGUUUGCUUUGAUGGAAGAAAUGGUCAAGAUCAAUUCAUUUUCACUCCAGAACCUUUGAAUUGGACUGAUGCUCAAGACUACUGCAGAACAUACCACACAGACCUGGCCAGUCUGAGGAAUGACGCAGAGUAUCUGAAGACAGAGAAGAUAGACAAUGGCUUCCGUGUGUGGGUUGGUCUCUUCAGAGACGACUGGGUGUGGUCAGACAAGACUUACUCCUCGUUGAGAUACUGGCAUGCAGAACACAAACUCUAUAGUGAAGAUCUUGAAGAAUGUGGUGUUUUGCUGAAGAGCAAAUCUGGUAGAUGGGGAAGUCGACCAUGUGCAGAAACACAUCCGUUCCUUUGUAACUGCCGCCAGCAGAACUGGUCCAUCAAAGUGAAGAUCAUCCCACAGGACGCAGCGUUGGAGCUAAAUGAACCUGCAGUGCAAGACGCCAUCUUGGAGCAAAUGAGACAGGAGCUGAGUGAGACACUGACUGAUCCUUUUCAGGUGAAAUGGAAAAAGGAGCCUAAUGGAAAGGUUGAAAAAAUAAAUCAUCUUCUUUUUCUGACCUUUGUAACAGCUAUGGGAGGGGUCGUACGUCUAAUUCUCCUUCUUUCAGGGCUGUGUUCUCUGUCCUCAUGUGUGCCCCAGAAUCGAUAUUACCUCUUCGUCAAUAAGCCUAAAACCUGGUAUGAGGCACAGAGCUACUGCAGAGAGAAAGGUUUUGACCUGGCCACCAUAGACGACAUGGGGGAGAUGGAAAUAGGUCUUAAAGCUGUAGAGGGCAAAUACAAGGAUGCCGUGUGGAUAGGGCUUCAGAAAGAACUGACUCGGAGGUGGCACUGGUCCCUGGCGGACAAAGAUUUCUACAAGGAGGGAGAAAGAGACUAUUUCAUCCCAGACGAAGCAAAUAACAACUGCUUGACUUACACAAAGGGGAAACCGUCUACAACUCCCUGUCUAUACAAGAAAUAUUCAGUUUGCUUUGAUGGUAAAAAACAUGGUCGUGAACAGUAUGUUCUCACUAACGUAGCCAUGGAUUGGCCUGUUGCACGGGACUACUGCAGGGCUCAUCACACAGACCUGACCAGUGUGAGGAAUGAGCUGGAAAACCAGAUAAUUCUGGAAGUGUCCCGUAACCUGACGGUGUGGAUUGGCUCCUUCAGAGAUCCCUGGAUGUGGUCCGACCAGACUUACUCUUCGUUCAGAUACUGGAAAGAAGGCAAAGAAGUUUGGACUGAUGAUACAAAAAACUGUGUUGCUAUGUUAGAAAGUUCAUCUGGUAGAUGGGGAGAAAUUCCAUGUAAUGAAGCUCAUCCAUUCCUCUGUAACUAUGCAGGUCAAGUUGUAAAGUUCAUUAAAGUGAGGAUCAGCUCAGAGGACUCAGAGUUGGAUCUAAAUGACCCUGUAGUGUAUGAUGACAUACUGAAGCAACUCAAGCAAGAGCUGAGUAACACGAAUGUGACAAAUCUACGAUGGAGAAAGCAUCCUGAUGGAAGAGUUUUUGUCAAGGAACCAAACCGAGGUGGCUAAAGAGAGAGAGAGGAAUCAGAGAAGCAGUUUUAACUCCAAACUGUUUCUAUUGUGUGUUUGGUCAUAAGUGACAAACCCACUAAGAAGCAAUUGUACAGCUCUACGAAGUUUUUAGUUAGCUCAUUGUUUUGGUUUUAUCUCACAUAUACUUUGUGGUUUAGUGUCACUUCUCUCAUCAAUCCUCUUUCCAGCAGCAAAAUGCUACGUUCCCUCAUCACUAGAGGGAAUAACAACAGCACAUUAAGGUUAGCAAAUAACGUAGGAGUCCCAGGAGUUUAUUGGAGAUCUAAAGAGGAGAAUUGCAUGAAAAUUGUUUGUUGUUGUAACAUGAAAGAAAUGAAUGAAUGUAGCUUUUAGCAGAAAUCAAUGGAAGAAUAACAUUUUAGUUUUGAGGUACUUGUACUUGAAUAUUUCCUACUUUAUAUACUCAUAUGCUACCCUUUAGAAAGAGAUAUUGUACUUUUGUAUUUCAUUACAUUUGAGAUUUAUCGUUAAUAUUUUACAUACAUAACAUAUAAUCAGCUUGUAAAAUAUUGCUAUUGAUUAAACUAUUCAUAGGAGCAUAUAUCCAAUGAGCUCCACCUCAAAAAACACAUGUAUUCCUGCAUUAAAAUGUCUAUGAACACUA